AUGAAGGAACAGGAGAGAUUGGAUGAGGAUAUGAGGAAGCGAAGAGAAAAGGUGGAGAGGUGGAGGAAGGAGAAGGAGGAGCAAGAGAAGCAAGCAUUGGCCGCUGCAGGAGCAGAACAGGCCAGUCAGGAUGUCGAGGCAGUGGCUUCCAACGCUGCUGAUCAUAAAUGGAGUCUGGACGAUGACGAGGAAGAGAAGGAUAAGGAUCAAAAUCAGGAUGGCGAUCAGGAGAAGGAAAAGGAUACAGAGAUGAAGCCAGCGCAAAUAGAUGAAGAGAAGAAGGAGGCAAAGACUGACGCCCCCGCACCGACAACAGACGCGAUGAUGGCAAAGGAGACAGCACCACAAGCAUCAGAACAAGUCGAAGAUGAUGAAGAGGAUCCAUUGGACGCCUUCAUGAACCAAAUGCUAAGCAAGGAACAGAAGAAGCAGCAACAACAACAAGAGCAACAACAGAAAGCCACGAGUAGCAUUUCGACAAAUGGUGCAUCAAACUCAUCUGCCGCGGCCAACAGUGGUGCCGGAGGUAGUGGCAUCAAGGCAGUGCGACUUGAGGAUGGCGAGGAGGCAGCCCAAGCGAUGGAAGAGGAGUCCGACGACGAGAGCGACAAGUUGAAAGAGGUGAAGAAGGGUAAGCGUGAACUCCUCAGCACCGACCAUGCCAAGAUGGACUACCCUGACUUUGAGAAGAACUUUUACAUCGAGGUACCCUCACUGGCCAACAUGACCGACACCGAAGUUAUCGACGCACGCUACGAGAUGGGCAUCAAGAUCGCCGGCAAGAACUGUCCCAAGCCCAUCCAGACCUGGUCGCAGUGUGGACUGCCUGAGAAGAUUCAUCAACUACUUAAGACUCACAAGUAUGAGAAACCAACUUCGAUUCAGGCACAGACGAUACCCGCCAUUAUGAGCGGUCGCGAUGUGAUUGGAAUUGCCAGGACUGGCUCGGGCAAGACACUGGCCUUCCUUUUGCCAAUGUUCCGUCAUGUGCUGGCGCAGGAGAAGCCAAAGGCGGGCGAGGGCAUGGUUGGCCUGAUCAUGUCGCCAACACGUGAGCUUGCGCUACAGAUCUACUCUGAGUGCAAGAAGUUCUCCAAGGUGCUUGGUCUGCGCGUCAGCUGUGUCUAUGGUGGUGCCAACAUUGGUGAACAGAUCUCGGAUCUCAAGCGUGGCGCAGACAUUGUCGUCUGCACACCUGGUCGCAUGAUCGAUAUCCUGUGCGCCAACAACAAGCGUAUCACCAAUCUUCGUCGUGUAAGCUUCGUCGUACUCGACGAGGCCGACAGAAUGUUCGACCUGGGCUUUGGCCCACAGAUCACGUGCGUAAUCGACAAUGUGCGACCUGAUCGCCAGACAGUCAUGUUCUCUGCGACAUUCCCAUUCAAGGUGGAGCAGGUGGCACGCAAGAUCCUUACAAAGCCACUGGAGAUCAUUUGUGGCGGUCGUUCAAUCGUUUGUGCGGACGUGGAGCAGAUCGUCGAGGUUCGACCCAACGAGACAAGGUAUCGUCGUCUGCUCGAGCUACUGGCCAUUUGGUAUCACAAGGGCUCUAUCCUCAUCUUUACCAACAAACAGGACACCACCGACACACUCUUUGGCCAGCUUAGCAGGGCCGGCUACGAAUGUCUGUCGCUGCACGGCAGCAAGGAUCAGACGGAUCGUGACGAGACCAUAUCAGACUUUAAGAACAAGAUCAAGAAGAUCCUCAUCGCCACCCCACUUGCCUCACGUGGACUCGAUGUCAAGGACCUGAACCUGGUUGUCAACUUUGAUUGCCCCGACCAUCUCGAGGACUAUGUUCACCGUGUUGGUCGUACUGGCAGAGCUGGCAACAAGGGAACAGCGUACACAUUCAUCUUACAGGAGGAGAGCAGGUUCGCGCCAAGCAUUAUCAAGGCUCUCGAGCAGUCUGGUGCCAAGGUACCAGAGGAGCUGGUCAAGCUAGGCCAAGAGUAUGCCAAGCUGCGACAAGAGGGCAAGGAGAUCAAGGUGUCGAGUGGAUACGGAGGUCGUGGUCACAAGUUUGAUGCGGCCGAGGAGGAGCGAAAGAAGGAGAAGAGGAAGCUUGAGAAGAAACAGUACGACAUUGACGAUGAUGAGGAUGACGACGAGGUCAAGGAAGUCAAGGAGGAUACCAAGACUCCACCCGUCACAGCCACACCAACAGCUGAUGUCACUCCAGCACCCGAAACCCCUCUCAACGGCACGCCAGCCACACCAGCAGAUGGUCUAUCGGCCGGCGAGCAGGCAAUCAAACAAAUUCAACAAGUCGUUGCCACACCACUGCAGAUCAGUACAGAGGCGGCCAUUCGUGCCGCACAGCAAGCCGUGGCCGUGGCGACUGGCGUGGUCAAAGCACCAGUCAAGCCACCAAGAGUAUCGCAGCAUUUGGCCACCUUCCACGACGAGGUGGAGAUCAAUGAUUACUCACAGCAGGCCAGAUGGAAGGUUACACACAAGGACGCCAUGCAACAGAUCAUCGAGAUGACUGGCACAGCCAUCACUGCAAAGGGUCUGUACUUCCCGCCCAACAAGCCAGUGCCAGCUGGUCAGAAGAAGCUUUCAUUGCUCGUCGAAGGUCCGACUGACUCUGGCGUGCGCACCGCCGUUGCAGAGAUCAAGAGAAUCUUGGACGAGGCACAACUGCUAUCACACUCAGAUAAAGGAAAGUACUCAAUAUUCUAA